AUGUCUGCUGUGCUGCACAUGCCCGCGAUCAACACUGCUCCAUUCAUGUUGAAAGAGAAGCUUGGGGACCCAUUCGCGCCUGCCUUUACUGCAGUCAAUGGAAGGCCAUCGCCAUCCUCGCCACACGCACCGACUGUACCACACGGUAUGACAGCCUGGAGCUCUGUACCACGGGACCCUGGCUCUCGACCAGCCAGCCACUCCAUCUCGCCCACCAUGACCAACGGAGACAGAUCUCCAGACAGUCCUUUCAAAAGGAAGAGGUCACCCUCAUUAGAUGACCAACCACCACGUGGGUCAUCGCGAGAGUGGCCGACCCCUAUCGGACCUUCACCCACGGUGUCCUACCAUGAGCAACGGCCAAGCCUAGAGCCACACCAGCGGACGUUGCCCCCAAUAGAUCGUCUUCAACCUGAGCGUCGCUGGACUGCGGAUCCCAGCGAAUACCAGGACCACCAUCAUCACGAACCUCGACCCCUGGAGCCACCACAUCACAUGCCACCAUCUCACAUGAGUGACCCUAAUGACUAUGAAGACAAUGCCAUAGACCAUAGCAGGCUUGAUCAACACUCUGAUCAGAAGAAAGUCGGAAGAAAAAGGCAGUUUGCCAACAGGACCAAGACAGGUUGUGGCACCUGUCGAAAACGCAAGAAGAAGUGUGAUGAAGCGAAACCGAAGUGCAAUAACUGCUUGCGCGGCAACUUUGAGUGUGCAGGUUAUGCGAACAAAAUUCCAUGGUCAAAAGAAGGUGCUUCGAAGGCACCACCAGCACUACAGGCGAAAGAGCGCGUAUCCUCCACUGAGAUACCAGCUCACUACGCAAGAUGUAACGUCUGCAAUCAGGUGCACAUUCCUCAUUGUGAGCCGACUCAGAAGCCCUACUCGGAGUCCAUCAGCAGUGAUGGUAUUCGACCAAGACCUGUCAGUGUUGAUGAACAGCAACGCAAACCACCAACACCAGACAGCUGGACUAAGACCUGGACUGAAUCACCACGAUACAAGUCAGAGCACCCACCACCUCCUCCACCUCCGCAACGUCAGCACAAUCCUCGUGUGUACCAUCACACGCCACAGACCAUGAGCCAACCGGCGCCCAACCAUCCUGCAGUAGCGCCACAGCCUGCGCCGUACGCACAACCCCUGCCGCCUGCUCCUGCGCUCGAGAGAACACCAGUACAUGAUCCGCAUGCGCGUCCUCCGCCACCCCCUCCACCACCACUGGCUCCUAUGGCAGCUGCGCCACCGGCUCCCUCACCGUCACGCUAUUCGCACCCACCUUUGCCGCCCAAGAGCGAGAAGGACAAGAUGCUUGCCGGGGAACCUUUCCUGCCUUAUACCGACCAGCUUGUUGAUGAGCGAACACUUUGCUCAGGAGCAGUAUAUCGCUUCAACAGCCUCAGUAAUGCUGCGGUUCAGAUUGCGACGAGCGAGCGUGAGCGACAAUUUGAGUACAUCAUUGCAGCUAGGUGGAUAUACUCUCGACCUGGUGAACGCCGAGUCACUGGCCAUCUUGGGGGUGGUAUCAAUGUUGCCAUACCUUUCCACUGUGACUAUGGCUACAACAUCUCCGUUGGAGACAACGUCGUCAUUGGCCCUAAUUCCCAGUUUCUCGACUCUGGAAGAAUUGCAAUUGGCAGGAACACGAAGAUUGGCGCUCGUGUCACGAUCUCGACUCUCAAGGCUCCAUCUGAUACCAAGAUGCUGAAAGGAAGCAAGGGCACUGAGAUCGCACGCGAGGUCUACAUUGGCGAAAAUGUCUACAUUGGUGAUGGGUGCAUCAUCGAAGCUGGUGUCCGCAUCGGUAACAACGCGAUCGUGCGUGCUGGAUCUGUUGUCGUGAGAGACAUUCCAGCAGACUGCGUUGCCCUCGGCAAUCCUGCCGAAGUACGACAGGUCAACUGGAAAGACUAG